UCUCCGAGAAACCAUCUACUAACGGGGUGUUAAGUAUUCCACGGUUUAUAAACAUGGGUCCGACUUUCAAACACAGGCUCGAGAGAUUUCAAUGUCCACGUUAAUGUGCCAAAAUAUCGACUGGAUUUGAUUGAUAUUUGUCAAUUAAAAGUGUAUCGACAAUCAUCCUACUGCAUAGAAACCAGAGAAUAUCGCUGAAAACUCCUGGGCAUGAUCUCUGAUAUUAAGGGACAUGUCUCCAAUCCGACAGACUACGAUGACACUGUGGCGGACAUGAAUGCCCAAGAACUCAGCUCCAGCGAUCCGGUAUUGGCUGCUUCGAUCAGUAACGAUGCAAAUCAACCCGAUGUUAUUCCGGAUAGCACCCCGUUAUCUGCGACUUGCACGCCGCUCAAUGAAACUGACAGAGACAGCGAUUUUGCCGUGAAAAAGCAGAGGCGAGUUCGUACAGGUUGUUUCACCUGCAGAGAACGCCACCUCAAAUGUGACGAAGCUCAGGGUCAAUGCCAAAACUGCCGGAGAUCAGGCAGAAUAUGCAGGCGCGGAAUUCGUCUUAACUUCAUUGAUACACAAACCGUGACGCCUCCACAUUACAUAAAACCCCUCCCAGGAAAUAGCUUUAAGUUCCAAGAUGACUCCAGGGCUAUAGCUUCCGAGUAUGUUGGAGGGAGUGAGAGAUAUCCUCCUGUACAACAAGACAAUCAAUUGGAGAGCCAUGUCAGCCAAAGCCUUGCGACCAUCAACUCGCUCCAGUCAGACCAAAAAGGAAACUCGCCUUUUAAAUCCUCGAAGUAUGGCUCAAACCGUCAUCGUUGUUUGAAUGACCCAGAGGGGGUUUUUCUUAUGAAAUUAUUUGUGGAAGAACUCGGACCGUGGAUAGACGCCAUGGAGGAGACAAAAUAUUUCACUCAUAUCCUCCCAUUUUAUGCUCUGGAGGAGCCCAUGCUUUACAAUGCUCUCAUUGCAUGCGGCGCACGCCAUAUGUCCGUCGCAAAUCCUUCAUAUAGCGAGGAAAAGGCUUCAUAUUUCUAUAGCGUCGCCUCGCGCAUGCUAUCUGAUUACUUGAAAGACUCAGACCGUGAUUCUGCGCUUUGUGCAACUACUGCGGUUGCCCUUAGUGUCUACGAAAUAAUGUGCUUUGGACCUGUUCAUAGUAGGAGUCAUAUUAUUGCGGCCACCGGUCUGAUCAACGAAUGUCGGUGGGAUUCAACGACGAAUGGUCUCGGAGGGGCUUGCUUUUGGUUAAAUACCGCUAUUGAGCUUACCGGAUGCUUGCUUUUCCGACGGAAAUUGUCUUCUAACCCAGAUUUAUGGAGCAUCAACAUGAAUAUGGCACCAACCAUGCCCUCAAUUACUGGAAACGAGGAAAUCUGGACUCGCCGUAUGAUAUACAUUUGUGCCAAAGUUUCAAAUUUCCGUUUAUCCAUUUCAGAGCCACAGGAGCCAGAUAAGCCAAACCACACUAGCAUGGUUGGCCAGCAACUACAGGAAUGGGAGACUUGUAAGAAGUUGUGUGAUGAAUGGGCUGCGCUUGCGCCACGAUCGAUGAUGCCGCUCGGUCAUCUACAGGCCUGGCAAACGAAUUCCAAAUCUAUUUUCCCAGAGAUAUGGCUUCUUAAACGCCCUUCAGUUAUCGCCCACAUGUUUUAUCAUGUCACAAGGCUUAUGCUCGCCAGAACAAAUCCUUCGCAACCGAGAAUAGCCCCAGAAAUGCAGCAUGCGCAGCAAGAGCAUGCUUACAACGUCUUUGGUGGCGUGGCGAAUGUUAAAGAUCGUGGAAUCGCUAUAAUGUCUAUUCCCCUUCUUUUAAUGGCUGCGGAAUGCUUAAUUGCAAGGGAUGCACAAGAAGAAGCCCUGGGGAUACUUAGUAAAGUGACUCAUGGAACAGGUUGGAAUUUAGAGCAGAUCAAAGGUCAACUUCAGGAAAUAUGGGCUUGGAGAUUGACACACGAACCUCGAUCAAUCCAUUCCACCGCAGAUGCAAGCAUGUUGUACGAUGAUUUUGAUCCUUUUGAGAUUCCCCACGACGUUAUGAACCCAGGAAUGGAUUUUGGGGGCUUUUCGGUGGACAACCAUGGCUGUCAUUCGUUUGAAGAUUAUUACCUCGGCUCUUUCCUUGAAGCCUGAGCGACGAGGCUGGAAAUUGGAUAUUAAUGCGAUAUGAUAUGCCCUUGAUUCCCUCUACGUGCUGUCCCACUCUUUUUCCUAUCAGUCAUGUGUAUCUCGCUAUUUACCUUAAUAGUAUAGGUGGGCGGUUUAUUUGAGAUCGGAGACAGGGGUGUUUCUUUGCGGUAACAGUGGUAAGAACAAUGAAUAUUCAUUCGUCAACAUGGUAUAGUUUUGUCAAUCUACUGAUUUUGAGUAUGG